AUGGAUUCAACAAACCUGAAAGAUGCGACGCCAUAUUUGAGACAAUUGGAGAGAGAUCUUAGUAAUCUCUACCUCCUACGACCUACCUCAGCGCAGAUCUGUGGCUGGUCUCGUCUUGUCGUCGGUGCCUCGAGGCACCGACCUAAGAAUCCACCUCGAGAUCGCCAAGAUACAACUGAACUCACAGCUAACAAUGGCAGAGGAGGACUACAACGAAGACCUAGACCUGCUAAAAAUGUCCCUUAAAGCUACUUAUCCCAUUCCCCUUCUCGUCCUCAUUCUCAUUCCACCACCACUACUACAUCUUCUUCGUCUUCGUCUGCGAUACUGAGGUCAAGUAAGCGGUAUCCUUCCCCUUUGCUCUCUCGCAUGACAACGAAUUCUGCUUCUAAUUUGGUUAAGAUGUCUUCCUCGUUUCCUAAACGGUCUCAAUCGGUGGACCAUCAUCGACACCGGUUUGCACCAAUGGAUCAUCAGCCCUGGCCAGGCGCUUCUCGGAGGGGAAACUCUGAAUCUGUUGUCCCGAGUUUGCUUUCUAGAAGCGUGGAUUGUGACAGUGAUGAUGGGAGGAAGCUUGGAUCUGGCUCUGUGGGAAGUUCAAUGUUGCAGCAUUCGCAGAGUUCUAGGGUUUCUGCUGAUGGGAUAUUGAAUUUAGAUGUGGGAGGAGGUUGUGAAAUUUUGGAAACGAGAGAUGAGAGUAAGACAAGACCAAGCACACUUCCGCGAUUGGGUUCUAGUGUUUUGUGUGACUUCACUGCAUCUGAUACUGAUGAUGUUUCAUCCGGUAGCACUACUGGUGCACAGGAAUGUGGUUUUGGUUUCAAUGGGGAGGUUGCGCGUAAUGCUAUGGCUUCUGCUAAAUUAUGGCAAGAGACUAAUAGCCGGUUAAGGCGGUUGCAGGAUCCUUUCUCACCUUUAUGCUCUAUCCCAAGUUCAAGAAUCAGUAGUAUCUCAUCAAAGUUCAGUCAAUUGAAACGAUUCUCUGGUGAUAGUCUGUUGACAUCAUCUCCUUGUGGUAUGGUUUCUCCAAAGGGUGCUGCUACUCGCCCUGCUUCACCAAGUAAGAUUUGGGCAACAGCUACAUUGUCUAUAGCUAGGGCACUUUCUAGUCCUUCUCGAGUGAGGAAUGGAGUUUCCGAACAAAUGAAUGCUUAUAGCCGCACCUUGCCUUCAAUUCUUUGUUUCUCUGCUGAUAUUAGGAGGGGCAAAAUUGGGGAGGAUCGAGUUAUUAAUGACCACUUGUUGAGGCUUCUGUAUAACUGUUACCUGCAGUGGCGGUUUGCCAAUGCGAGAGCAGACUCCACUUUCAUGGUACAUAGAUUGAGUGCCGAGAAAAACUUGUGGAAUGCAUGGGUAUCAAUUUCGGAACUGCGCCAUUCUGUUAGUCUGAAACGGAUCAAGUUGCUCUUGCUGAGGCAGAAACUAAAACUAGCUUCCAUCUUGAAGGAGCAGGUUGGUUAUCUAGAAGCAUGGUCUCUUCUUGACAGAGGCCAUUCAAAUUCUUUGUCAGGAGCAACAGAAGCCCUGAAAGCGAGCACGCUUCAUCUUCCAAUUAGUGGAAAAGCCUUGGUUGAUAUUCAAGAUCUCAAGCAUGCUGUUAGUUCAGCUGUUGAUGUCAUGCACGCUAUGGUGUUUUCGUUAUUCUCGUUGACAUUGAAGGUGGAGGAAAUGAAUUCAGUAAUGGCGGAAAUAAUGAAUAUCACUGCAAAAGAAAAGGUUUUGCUCGAACAGUGUCAAGGAUUCUUAUCAAAAGUAGCAGCAAUGCAGGUUACACACUGCAACAUGAAGACGCACAUAAUACAACUAAGUCGGAUAUAAACCCACCAACCUGACUUCACAACUGUAGAAACUGAUCUCCUCUGAGUUUACACGACCACUCACACCACUUUCACAACAUGAAUGAUUUCUGACAACGUUUUACAUUCCCACGGCCUUGCCUCGGAAUCCCAAAACCGCCUUUAUCGUUUUCAACCGGAUCAAGGUGAAGUUCUUUGGGAGUAUCUGUUCUGGCUGCACUUUGGAGUCGACGUUUCUUUAGUAUAAGUUCCUGCGUUGGAGAUUACAGAAGAGAAAGGUAAAAGAAUAGAAUGUGGUG